AUGCCUACACCCCGUAUCAAACUGGUCUGCCUAGUGGGAGGUGGAUUUGCAGCCGUAUUAAGCUACAUUAAAGCUCGCAACACACUAGUGCAUCAUGGACAAGACAGCCAACAUAGUCCACUAUCGGAAACUGCAGCCGGUUUAACCAAUAGGGAGCGCCGCUUUUUGAACUUCGCUUCGAUCGAGUGUGGUCAGCAAAUCUACAUGACACCGCAGGAUUUUCUGGAGUCGGUUUUAGAAAGUGAGUCCAAAGCGUGCUUGAAGCGAAAGAUUUUGACCAACGAUGAUGUUAUGCAGCUACAUGCUGCUCUACAAAAGGUGAAGAAGAACAGUUCAAAUUUGUUUCGAAAGCUCUCCGAGAAAGGUAUUAUCUCGUUCACGGAGUACUUGUUCCUGCUGUCCGUUUUAACAAGGCCCCAGAGUGGAUUCCGAGUGGCUUUUAAUAUGUUCGACAGAGAUGGAAACCAGCAGGUAGACCGAAAUGAGUUUUUAGUCAUUGGUCAACUACUGGGUCGAACUUUCAAGGACCGCAAAGCAGAUGACAAUACGAAAAAGAUUUUGACGCGACUAGAGCCAAAGCAAAAAUCUAGUUUAGAACAUGUUGAAACCGGACAACUACCUACAACAUUACAGAUUUACUUCUUUGGCAGGGAUGGAUCCAGUACAUUGAGCUACGAUUAUUUCAAUUGUUUCAUGAAUAACCUACAAAGAGAAGUUCUACGAAUUGAGUUUGAACGGUACUCUCGAGGUGGUAUACAUAUAACGGACGUAGAUUUCGCAAGGAUAUUACUGGGUUAUACGCAUUUGAAACCGCACGAAUAUGAUAAAAUACUUCGCCGAAUUGGAAGUGUAACUAACCGUCACUUAGUUUCGUUCGAGGAAUUCGAACGUUUUUGUCGUGUGUUGCACAAUCUGGAGGAUUUUGCUUUGGCAAUGAGAAUUUUUCAUUCGGUGAACGGUACCAUUUCCAAGGAUGAAUUUGCCCGUGCAGUCAGGAUUUGCUCUGGGUCGACUAUGAACGAUCACCUGAUCGAUAUCGUGUUCGCGAUGUUCGACGUUGAUGGCGAUGGUGACAUGUCCUACAAUGAGCUGCUGCUGGUGAUCAAGAAUAGAUUUCGUUUUCGGAAUGACCGCAAAGUGGUUGGCUGGAGAGCGUUCAAACGCUGCUGCCGGCAGGAGAUUAGAUGCUCUGCUGAUUAG